AUGGAGGUUGCAAAGGUUAGCAUGCUUAACGAUCUUAAUACAUUCUCAAACAACUAUUCGAUUAGAGUGAAGAUUGUUAGCAUUUCGAAGAAGAUGAUGAAUAAUAACAAAAAUGAAAUAUAUCGUCUUGAUAUGAUCUUCAUGGAUGAGAUGGGAACUAUGAUUCAAGCCAGCUGUUUGCAUAAGAUGCUAGGAAAAUUCAAGGAAUUUCUUCAGUUGGAUGAAUGUCUUCUUAUCACCAAACCUUCUCUUGCUACUAAUAACUUUAAGUCCUCUGCUAAGUAUACCAAGAGAAAUGACAAAAUAUCACUGUAUUUCUAUACUUCUGUUGAGAAAUGCUUUGACUGGUCUGGACCGAAAUACCGUUUUAAUUUCGUUAACCUGAAGGAUGUUGUUAAGAAUAAAUUUGAAGUUAAUACAGUUAUUGAUUGGAUUGGUUAUGUGGAUGUAUGUUUCAAUCUAGAGGAUACGUCAAAGAAGGAUGGGAGCAAAGGCAAGAGACUUAAUCUUAGACUUGAAGACAUUGAAGGCCAAAAGUGUCCGGUUACUUUGUGGGAUGGUUUUGCUAUUGACGUGUUUGCUUACGUGAAUGAUAAGAAACGAGAGAAAUAUGUUGUUAUCCUUUGUCAUUUUGGUAUGGUCAACCUUUACAAAGGCAAGCGUGGUGUUGCAAACGGCUUUGAGCUAAGCAGACUUUUUAUUGACACUGACAUUGAAGAGAUAUCCUCUUUUAGGAAGAGGGGUUGUUUUGUAAUUAUCUAG